AGUCACCCCGUCCACCCUGCGACCGUCCACUUCCCCAUCGCCUUUCUGUCCACAGCUUACGGUCUCGAUGCCCUCCACGUCAUCCGCCCAUACCUCCCCAGCAUCGCCACAAACUAUCUCCCCACCGUCGUCGAGACCACAAGAAUCGGCUAUUGGGCGCUCGGACUCGGCAUCCUGACUGCUCUCCCCUCGGCCGCCUCCGGCAUCGUCCAAGGCGCAAAAAUGGUCCAGAACCAAGGUCUCUACGACCAGAGCGGCAAGCUGAAGCAAAAGUCAAAGGUUUUGAUUGCACACGCCCUUGUCAAUGAUGUUGUCAUUGCUGUGUCGGCUUGGAUUUGGUACAAGAGGAGAAAUGCCUCUAGCUUGGAGUACAUCAAGGAGGGACUUAACCCUAUGUCCUACGAGCCUCAGAACUGGAUGGUCGGCGCUAGCAUUGUGCUGGGAGCUCUGUUGAUGUUCGGAGCGAAUCUUGGCGGUACUCUCGUUUAUGACUACGGUCUUGGUCUCAGCAUGGGUAAGAAGGUUAUCAAGAAGAACGAGUAA